UAGCUGCUCCCUGCCCACUGCUCUUCCAGGGCUGGCUCUUGUUUCCCUUCUAAAGCCACAGCAUGAUGCUUUCCACCCUCCUUGCCAUAUUAUGGAGCGUUGUCUUUCAGGUGUCUCCUCUCUCAAAUGAAGACAACUGUACAAGGGGAAAUGGGAAAAAGAAAGGGAAACAAGAACAAGAAGGAGGAGGGAGCAGGAGAAAGGUGCAGGAAGAUACGGGGAAAGAAAGCAUGUCUGCCAGAAAGAGGAGAGAGCCAGUGGGGCUCCUCAGCUAGUGGCUAAAAGCCCAGUAUAAAUUGGGAACUGCACUCACACCGGUGUGUGAAGCUGUGAGUCAGGCACAUUCCUCCGUGCAGUGGUCAAGGCAACUCUUGGGGGGUUGGUUCAGCGGGGCAGAGCCCACCUCUCCAAAGUCUGUCUGAGCUGAGCUGACACAGACUUGGGAGCAGAAAUCCACUUCUUCAUCCACUGUUUCUGUGAGCCCAACAAACUCUGGAGAAGCAACAAAUGAAGAGCUUGUGAAGAAAAGAGAUACUUCCUCCUGGCUGGCAGAGGCUAUCUGGCACCUAUUGGUCUUGAAGGAAAGGGUCCCUUUCUUGGCUCUUUCAUGGUUAAGGAAAACAACUGGACAGAGCUUGUGAUGGACAAGAUCAGCAACAUGGACUGGGCGGCUGGAGGUGAGGAAUAGACUUCUCUGGAGCACCCUGUGUCUGAUGAACUCUCCCCAUUCUUCCUUUGGCUGCUUUGCUGUUAAGGCUGGACGUGUCCUGUACAGCGAGGGGGGAAGGCAGGAGGAAGGAACAGGUCUCUGAGAGCUUGAUUUGCUCUUGCUCAGCUGACCCAAAGAUGUCUUACAACCCUUCCCUCAUCAGCCCAAGUCCUGGAGAGGAUCCCAAGGGUGGCAGUUUCUUGGAGGAAAGCAGUGGUGGGGGUGAUGACAGCAAUGUCCUGGGUGGGGACAGCCUGGUCACAGGGCCUCUGGGCGCAGUGCUGCUGGCCAUGUACCUCACUGGGAUGGUGGGGAACAUCUACACGGUGGUGGUGGCCUCUGGCAGGGUGGCAGGCUGCUCAGCAGGCUCCUUGGGGGUCUACAUGGUCAACCUUGCCCUGGCUGACCUCCUGUACCUCUCCACUAUCCCCUUUGUGGUUUGCACCUACUUCGCCCACGACUGGUUCUUUGGGGAUGUGGGUUGCAGGCUUUUGCUCAGCCUGGACCUCCUCACCAUGCACGCCAGCAUCUUCCUCCUGACCGCCAUGAGCCUGGAGAGGUACUGGGCAGUGGCCAAGCCUCUGCGGGCCAGGCGGGCCAGCAAUGCCUACCGCAAACUGGCCAGCGCCAUCCUCUGGCUCCUCUCACUCCUGCUCACGGCCCCCAUGAUGGUGAUGACCCAGCUGCGGGAGGAGGACGGCCCCCACAAGCGCAUCUGCGUCCCCACCUGGACGCCAUCAGCUUUCCGGCUCUACCUGACGGUUCUGUUCACCACCAGCGUCCUGGCACCCGGCGCAGUGCUGGGCAUCGUCUACGCCCGCCUGGCCCGGGCGUACCGCUCCUCGGCCUGGGGCCUGGGGCUGCCGGUGGCCGGCCGGGUCCCUGCCCGGCGGCUCCUCUCCAGGAUCUCUGCCAUUGUGGUGGCCUACUGGGCCUGCUUCCUCCCCUUCUGGGCCUGGCAGCUGGCCGGGCUGUACCAGCGAGAGGGGCUGGGCAUUGGCCCCACCACCCAGGCCUACCUCAACUUCAGUGUCACAUGCCUGGCCUAUGGCAACAGCUGUGUCAACCCCUUCCUGUACACCCUGCUCUCCAGCAGCUACCGCCGGCGCCGUGGCCACACUGGGAUGGGCACGGCACAGCCUGCAGCACCCUCUCAGCAGGCUGCGGGAAGCCACAGCAUCUCCCUGGCUUUCAGGGAGUUGAUGGCGUCUGUGAGGGAAAGCGAGGGGUGA